AAACGUCAAUUUUGUUUGAGUUCCUGAUUUCGCUCCGCAGUUCAGUGAAAAUAAAAACAAAUUAUCGAAAUCGAGUUUAAAUUUUGAAAUUUUUUGGUAAACCUUUAUCGAAACAACUUAUAAAUGAAUCGGUUCGAGUAUUGUGCCGCUCGGCUUGGUGAAAACGAAUCGUUUGUGGCCAAGGAUCGCAACAUCAAGCUGUACGAUGGCAACGAAAAAACCAGCUAUGAAGACGGUGAAGUCGUGUUGACUAGCCAUCGUCUGCUGUGGGGUCGUAACGGAGAAAUAGCACGCGGUGGCAAUGCCCUAUCGCUGCGGUUAAAGUACGUCCAAUCGUUCGACGAAGAGGAAGCCAGUUCAAUGCUGUUUGGACGCAAGAAACGCAUCAUUCUUCGGUUGGGACCGAUUCUGUCGGACAAAUCGCCCGGUCCGAUGGAUUACAGUGUGGCAUCGUUUGUGAAAAUUUCCGGCAAAAACGGAGUCGAUCCGGGUUUUGCCCAAGCCCUCUACGAAACGGUAAGUGCUAAAAUUUGGGCAGUCACGGAAGGUGAAAGUUCUAGCAAGAGUACGACCUCUGCAACGGAACCCGCGAAACGGGUUCUACGUACCGGUAUAAUGGGAAUUGAAAGAAAUCUAGUGGAAAAGCAUAAGCAAACCGACGAAAACAUAAGUUUGGCUUUCAAAGAUCUGGGGAAACUGAUGGAGAAAGCCAAGGAAAUGGUUGCCGUGUCGAAGGUUGUUAGUGCAAAGAUUCGCGAACGUCACGGAGACAUCUCGGAGGACGAAACCGUGCGGUUUAAAUCCUAUCUGAUGAGCUUGGGUAUUGAUGAUCCGGUGACCAGAGAUGGAACGAGAAGCAACUCCGAGUACUUUAUGAAACUUUCGCAACAGUUGGUGGAAAUGUUGCUGGAUCCAAUGACCGAAGCCGGUGGAAUGAUGUCCCUCGCGGACGUUUACUGCAGAGUUAACCGUGCGCGUGGCCUAGAGUUAUUGUCUCCUGAAGAUUUACUAGAAGCGUGCAAAUUACUGCUCGGACCAAUUAAAUUGAGACAGUUUCCUAGUGGAGCUAUGGUGCUGCAACUGGACAACCAUGAUGACGAACUUGUAUCGCAGGAGACGGCAGAACUCGUGGAGAAGAGUACAUCUAUCAGUGCUGAUGAGCUGGCGCGGGUUGUUGGGAUUUCGCUACUGUUGGCGAACGAACGACUAUUAACGGCCGAGCGUUUGGGGAAACUCUGCCGCGAUGAAUCGAUAGAGGGCCUUCGGUUUUAUCCAAACUUGUUUCUUCAAUAAAGCCAUUUAUUUAAAUCCCAA